GUUUUUUUUUUCCUCAGGCUGAUGACAAGUUCCGGUUGGCUAAAUUUGAACGUUGUUACACGGUCGCUCACUGAGCUGAUGGUUUAAAAUUUAAAGCUCUGCUCAUUUGAUUGAAGGCGCGAUAUAUUAAAUCCGCUUUUACAAGGUUUAAUUGCCGUGACAACAGGAGAGUGAAGUGCUCAGGUGCUGAUCAGGUGUUUUCCAAAUUUCAAACGGCGAUGGAUUCCGGCACUGUAUCGCUUUUUCAGAGAGUCUCUGAAAAACUGGGCUGGGACAGAGAUGGUGGUCUUGAUAAAGCUGAAGAGAAGUUGAGGAAGAGCUUGAAGAAGAGCAGACGUCCAGCGCUGGGCAGUUUUAACUCGAACCCGUUCUCAGGCUCAGAUCCAGCACACCGACUGCUGCUGUCUGACACUGAUGGCUCAGGGAAAGAGAAUCCAUCUCGACAGGAUCACGUGCUGUUGUCGUCAGAUGAUGAGGACUUUGAUAAGUUUCUUGCUGCAAAGGCUACACCAAAAUCCACAUUUAAACAGUCUGCAUCAGCUGCCCAGAAACCAAGGGAACCAAUUAAAGUUUUGUCUUCAGAUAGUGAUGAUGAAUUUGAAAUAUUUUUAAAUCAAGUGAAAACCCCAAAGGCUAAAGUGCGAUCGCAGUCUGUGAGUAGCAGUGAUGACAGUUUGAAACGCUUCAUAGUGGACAGCAUGUCAUCUGAUGAUGAUUUUGUCACUGAGAGGAAGCCUUCCAUUAAUAAAGGGAAAGCCAAGACUGCUAGAACUCCUAAAUCAGUUCAGAAGACAGAGAAACAACCUCCACUUCACUGCAAUUCUCCAGUCUUCCUAAGCGACAGUGAUGACGACAGUAAUGUUGUUAUUAAGAGCACCUGGAGGACCAGACACAGCCGUCCACCGUCAGAGGAACUUCACACCACAAGUAAAAACAGAGAGGAGACUGCAAAACCUCGUGUUCCUCCACCAGCAGUCACUGUGACGACACACAGCAGUCGAGAUGACACAUGCAGCUCUGAGGAGGAGUUCCAGUCUUUACUGGACAGAGUCAGACAAAAUCAGAGUCUAGGAGGCAGAACACUUGCGAGCCCAAAGCCGCCUCCAGAACCCAAACCACGACCUCCCUGUUUGUCGACACCAUCUGCCAGGGGUAAGAAAGCUGGUAGCCAGUUACCAGUUAAUGGACCGUCCAUAAUCCAGACCCCAGUGCAUCGGACACCCAGCAGCAGACCAGUGAGCCAUACUGAACCCAGAGCUCCUCCCAACAGCAGAGUGGUGGUUUGUAAAACUCCAGGCUGCUUCCUGCAGUCUCUGUCUGUACCUGGAUCGUUGUACUGCCGCAGCUUCAAACAGAACAAAGAGGAGCUGACCAGCAAACUCUACCAGCUCUACAACACCAGCGUGUUUGACAGUAAGCUUCCCACCGACAUGUCUGUCACAUGGAACAAGAAGAUGCGUAAGACAGCAGGAUAUUGCAUCUCAGGCCAGGAGCGCGGCACUGGGAAACGAUACGCCCGCAUUGAGCUGUCUGACAAAGUGUGCGACUCUGCAGAUCGCUUACGGGAUACGUUAGUCCAUGAAAUGUGUCAUGCUGCCACAUGGCUCAUAAACAAUGUUCGUGACGGCCACGGGCCGUUCUGGAGGCUUCAUGCCCAUAAAGCAAUGCUGGCACAUCCUGAGCUACCGAUGGUUACCCGCUGCCACAGUUACGACAUCAACUACAAAUACCAAUAUCAGUGUAACCGCUGUAAGAACACGAUCGGCCGCCACUCUAAGUCACUGGACACAACGAAGUUUGUGUGUGCUUUGUGCACCGGACAGCUGGUUUUGUUGACUCCCUCAAAGCCCCGGGCACCCACACCCUUUGCUUCCUUUGUGAAGGAGAACUACAGCUCAGCGAGACAGGAACUGGCAGGCCAGAGUCACGCUGAGGUCAUGCGCAAACUCAGUGCCGACUUCGCCAGCAAGACACGUCUCAGUCAAAGCUGAUCUCUGAUCAGACACACACAAGACUCACAUACCUCGAACCAUCAUGAUUGCUGCAUUAGUUUGAGUUCUGUUGAUAAGCAACAUCAGCUUACUUGAAAUAUUGACUUUUGCCUGCCUGUCACCCUCCAUCAGAUUGUUUUUAUUUGUUUUAUACUGUGAAAUAACUUUAUUUAUGGUCAAAGGCCAUAAAUUUGAUAUGAGCCAUAUUCAUGAGUUUGUUGUUAAAUCUUAAGAUCGACCUCUUGCUAUCAAAGGUAAAUGCGUGUUCUGUUAUUUGUGUCUGUGUGUCAUGUUGGUUAGUUAUGCCUCAUCUUGUGUUUUAUUUGUGUUCAGAUGUUUUAUUUUUUCAGAAUAAACAAUUGGUUUAUUA